AUGAAAAUAUUCCAUACAGACAGAAUAUUCUUUAUAAUUAGUACAUUCCUGCUGUUCCUUAAUGAGACCGUAUAUACACUGACUAUUUCCCUGAUUAUUUCAUGCUACAUAUUCAUGCACACCCUAAGUAAUAAGGAUGCAGUCACAGUGGCCCUAAUUACUACUAAUAUAUUUAUGCAUAAAUAUAUACAGGAAUCCAGUCAUAUACACCUAAUGACAUGGUGCUUUAUAUUAGCAAGAAUAAUUAAGCCUAAUAAUUGCUGUAUUAAAUAUAAUACAUAUAUAUCAUAUAUUAGUCUAUUUAUAUCUGGUGUAUGGUCUAUAUAUACAUUUAUAUCUGGAUUUGGACUAGAAAGAAGUAUAAUCAAGGGAUGUACAUUAUUCUGCAGUAUGUGCCCAUGUCCAUUUAUCAUAGGAAGACCACUAAUUAGUAGAUAUAUAUACACAGGCAGACUAACAGAGACAGAAGGACGCAGUAUACUUAGACUACUAGAUAUAUGGGGUAUAAUAUAUAACAGUAUUAUGAUUAUAAUAAAUAUAUUUGGGGAAUGGAUGGGAUUCGAACUUACCCCAGGGACAUCCAGUUUUAUAAUGGUGCACUCCACAGGGGUCACGUAUUAUAUAAUGUGGGCAAAGAUGCGUAACAGGGAUAUACAGAAAGAAAGGGGAAAGAAAUAG